AUGUCAUCCAAUGAAAUUAAUAUUUCAUCUUCAAAAUCCUUGAAUCGUCCCAAAAAACAAUGCCGAGAAGGCAAACGCCAUAGAGAUAAACGACACAAAAGAGAAGAGAGAAUGCUCCUUGAUGAAGCCAAUCAAAAAUUUAAGAAAAAACUUGUUACAUGGAUUUGUGGGACAGAAAACCAAAAUGAAACUUUCCAUUCAUCUUUCAGCAGGAGGAAGCUUACUAAUAAGCAGAAGACAGAUGAAAGUACAGAGGAUCUCCAGGAAUACACAGAUGAUGACGAAGAUCUCAGAGAUGAACAAGUUUGCAUCGAAAAAAAGAAGAUUCAAUCAGGGCAAUAUGAAGAACGGUCUGGAAAACAGUUGAAAGCAGAGUCUGCAGAACAGCCUGAUGUAGAUGACAAUCCAAACAAAAUGGAGGACAUUGGGAAAUCAUAUUCUGCAAAAGUUCAUCGAGCAAACAAAAUGUAUACUCAGACCAAAGGAAAUGAAUACUAUAUAGAAUUUGUUGGAACAUAUGAAUCUUCUGCAAAUAACCAAUUUUACUGUCACGGCCGUUUGAUACAAGGACACUGCACUAAAGCACAAGCAGGAACGUCAAUCAAAACUGAAGAAGCUAUCCAGAAGAAAAAGUAUUAUGAGACUGGUGAAGAUGAAGAAAGGUCAGGUACCUACUUAAAUUUGCGAGCUUGUUCUAUUUUUGCCAUCUACGUUCACCUGUUCGUCCUUCUAGUUCACCUUAUUUUAAUUGCUUGGCACAUGUGGUGUUUAGCUCUUCUCAAUUAA